AUGAACGGGGGUGGGGCGCCGGUACAUCGAAUAGAAUCCAGACAAGGGUUGACUUUUUCUUUCUUUCGUUCUAUAGAAAGAAUACUCUACUGCGACUUGUCGUUCCCAGUAUGUCAGCACUGUUCUUAUUUCUCCCUUAUUUGUCACAGAAUUUCAUCGCCGUUAACAUUUCCUUCUUCGACAGAGUUAUUGGGCACAGGCCGCGUACCGAACCGAUACACGAUACGUCGUUCGCGUCACAUGUACAUUAUGCUUUCUUGAGUUUCACGAGGAGCUUCUUAUUGACCAAACGGCUUCGUAAGCCGUCCGAUCGGUAUCCGAUACUCAUCGAGAACGAACGUAAAGUUAUCAACGAGUCAUCUGGCGGAGAAAGCACAAUUGCCAUUUCAAAUGCAAAGCUCAGUACAGUCUCCAAAUAUACAAAGUAAAAAGAGGAAACUAUCAUCAUCUUCUGUGGAAUGUAAAAGUCCAAAAACAAUUAAAAUUUUGAAAAAUUUGAGUAAAGAUAAUGCAAAUAAUGAACCAGAUGACACAGAUGUUGAUACAGAAAAUAAAGAUAUUGCUCAAAUAGAAAUAAUAAAGGACACUGAAAAUGCAAAAGAAAAUGCGUCUAAUGAGAGAAAAUCUGAGAAUAAAAGCAAAACGCCAAAACGAAUUUCAACUGGACAGAAAAAAUUGGAGAAAUUAAAAUUAAGUCCUUUAACAAAGUUUCUUCAAAAGACUGAUAAACAAAAAGAUAGCUCAAAGGAGGAAUCUGUUCCUGAUAAACAAAAAGAUAGCUCAAAGGAGGAGGAGGAAAUUUCUUUGCAAGAAGAAAAGGAUGACAUAGUUGAAGAGAUUGAGGAUAACUCUAACAAAGUAAUUGAAAUUGAUGUAAAUAGGCCAGAGAUGCCAAAUAGUUUAAACGAUACAGCGGAAGAUUCAUCUUCAACUGUUAAUAAUUCUUUAUCUCGAUCUGAUUCCGACCUUAUAAUGUUAUCGUCGGAUUCUGAGAAUAAGGAAAAAACAGAGUCAAUUACUAGUACACCAAGAACUGCCAAUAUUCCUGGGAUGAACAAAGCAAAACAGAAAAAAUUAACACAUAAACACAAAGAAAAGAAAUUAUUAAUUGCUAAGAAAAGGGAAGAAAAUAAACUAUUAAAAAUGGAGAAGAGGAAAAAAUUGGAAGAGGAACGACAAAAUCGAAAGAAAGAAAAAGAAGAAAAACGAAAACAAAAAGAGGAGAAGGAAAGAAUUGAAAGAGAACAGAAACUGAUGGAAAAGAAAAUAAAAGAACAAAAGAAACAAAUGGAAAUUGAACAAAAACAAAAAGAAAAACAAGUAAAGGAAGAAGAACGUCGAAGAAAGGAGGAAGAAAAAAGGAAAAAAGAAGAAGAAAGACUGGAAGUAGAGCGCAAGAAACAGAAGGCAGCGACGACUUUUACCAGUUUUUUCGUCGCUAAGAAACAAGAAAAAUCUGUCGAAAACGAAAAUACGAGUGAAAUGAAGAAUUUCAUGCCUUUUGAAGUAAAAGGAGACAUGAAGAUAGCUCCAGUUUGUAGGAGACUCUUGACUGAACAAGAGAAAUUAUUAUUAGAUGAAAAAUAUAAUGAAGGAAGUAUGCAAGUGAUAGAUUUGUAUCUUAAUGAGCUCAAGGACAAAAAAGUCGUUCCACGUAAAUCAUUGAAAACUUGGCCGCUCGAAACAAAAGAUGACGUGAUUUUGUUAGAAGAAGACAACGAUUGCAGCUCGAACAUUGUGAACCAAAAUGUUAUUGUAGAGAAGCAGCGAGCUAAAUUAUUACAAUUUUCUGAAAAUCAACGACCUCCUUAUUGGGGAACAUGGAGAAAACAUAGUAAAAUUAUCAAUCCUCGGAGACCGUUCUUCAAAGAUAAGGUAAGUCUAUAUUCAGUUACAUUUACGGCGGUAUUUAAGUACAUGUUUGGUACAUAUAGUAAUGCAUUUCGUGUUAAUCAAGAAUUUGAGGUUUUUCACAGCCUAGUUCUAAAUAGCAUUAUAUUGUACAACUAUUUCAAUUUGCUUAAAAUCACUAAAUUUCCGCUGGUAGAAUUGAAUUUAUCUUUCCUCCGCGUAGCCCUCUUCCUCCAUGAAAUAAUGGAUACGUGUUCUUUCUGUGUACUUUACGAUGCUUGGCCAAGUGAUCACUUCGCGCGAACCUUUUUGAGCACAUUUCGCAAGGAUAAGGCUUUAUGCCAGAGUGCGAUCGUCUAUGCCUGGCCAGUUCAUCAGAUCGACUAA